AUGGCCAUGCACUUCUGGGAGGCCUGUGAAGACGCCAUCGUCAUGGCGAUCAUCUCCUGUCGUAUCAAUCAGCAGAUAGUUUGCCUCCUGCCGCUGCAUGAUUCCAAACGACGGACGACGCUGCAAAAGUUGGCCGAGGACUACGAACGACUGGCCCUCAAUCUGCUCGACUUGUGCCAAGAAGAGGACUCGCCAACCAGCCGCCGAAUUAACAGCACAGACGCGCACCGAAGCGUGUCCGUUUCGUCACGGUUGAACGAGCAAACACUUCUCGUCUGCCUCGAUGUGGAGCAUAUUGAGGCACUCUUUGCCGAGGCUGUCAUUGGAAACGCCAAUUGCCCGGCGCCAACCACUGACUGGCGUAGGCCAGUCCGAAAGCAGCGGACCGUGACCGAGAAGAGGUCAAAGGAGACCACUGCCUUCUUGAUUGAACACAAACUGCCCGUCCUCGGCGGCUUCAACUGCAUCGAGCUGGCGUUCGCCGCCAACGCGACACAAUUCCUCAGCUCGCUGGCCUGCCAGAACUCGAUGGAGCUGACCUGGAACAACGGCAUCCACACCAGAUCGGGUUGGUCCAUUUUGGCGCUCUUCUGUCCCUUCCUGCUGCUCUUCGGCGAUCUGUUCACCUUCAAGCAGCAAAUUGCCUCCGGUCAUCCGGCCUCGAACAAGGUACCAACUGAACUGAUGGAUGCGCCCAAUUUGCCCAACCUGCGGCUGCUGUACGCCUGCGACGCCGCCUCGAGCAUAUCCUCAGGCUCGGGACAAUUCUACGCCGAACCGCGUCAGGACAGGUCCUUUGUGCAGUCGCCAAGUGACGCUGCGUCGCCGAUGGCGCUGAGUGCCAAGAUGAAGCAGUUCUACAGUGCGCCCAAGUCCAAAUUCUACAUUCACUCGGUAAGCCGAAAGCGCCAGUCUUGCUGCUACCGGCAGUCGCGGUGUUGUCAGAACUGUCGCCAACUCUCAGAUUAA